AUGAAUGGCGGCGACUACCCUCACGAAGGCAGUGAACAUCGCGGUGUUUAUGAAGUGGGAGGAAUAAUCAGAGUCAAACAACACCUGUUUGGGAAGUUGGGUAACAUUGCAGCUUGCAAGAAAACUCCACCAAAUGUAGUCGAAGAGUUGAAGGAAUAUAUGACUACCCAAAAAAGUGGGACCAGUUACAGUACUUCUGGCAGUGGUAAUAUGGAAAAUAUAAAAGAUUUUGAAUUUGGUGAACCAAUUGGAUGUGAUGGAAGUGAAGAUGAUGAGUUUGCGGACUCUUGUAAUGCUACUGCAAGUGCAAAGACAAAGUGUGGGACUAAAAAAGGACCAAUGGACAAAUUUUGUAAGAAUUCAGAAAAUGCAAUCAAUCGGAGAAAAAUGGAGAUGUUGAGGCAAAUGAACAUACGAGGGUCAAUGGAUAAGAAUGAAGUAUUGAAGGUGCAUCAACAUAUUGCUCGCUUUUGGUACCAAGCGGUCAAGUACGGUUGUACUAUUGUGUUUGAUGCAUGGACUGAUCAGAAACAAAGAUGCAUCAUUAAUUUUUUGAUUAACUCUCAAGUUGGUACCAUGUUUUUGAAGUCUGUUGAUGGCUUUGAUUUUUUAAAGACAACUGAAAAUAUUUUUGAGGUCCUUGAUGCCAUUGUGGAGGAUGUUGGAGAAGAGAAUGUUGUUCAAGUUGUAACCGAUAAUGGGAGCAACUAUGUUUUAGAGGAAAGGCUCCAUAAAGAGAAAACCAAUAUUAGAAAGAUGUUUACUUCUGAUGAAUGGACCUUCAACAAGCUAUCUAAGGAGCCUAAGGGAAAAGAAGCUGCAAAGGUAGUGCUCAUGCCUUUUUUUUGGAAUAGUGUGGUUUACACUCUUAAAGUCAUGGCUCCACUUGUGAAAGUGCUUUGUCUUGUGGAUGGUGAAAGGAAACCAGCCAUGGGAUAUAUUUAUGAAGCAAUGGACAAGGCAAAAGAAACAAUUAUCAAGUCUUUCAACAACAAUGAAAGCAAGUACAAAGAUGUAUUUGCAAUCAUUGAUAAAAGAUGGAAUUUUCAGCUUCAUAGGUCAUUGCAUGUAGCUGGCCACUUCUUAAAUCCAAAGUUCUUUUAUGACAACACUGACUUGGAGUUUGAUUUUGAGGUCACCAAUGGUUUGUUUGAGUGCAUUAAGAAGUUAAUUCCACAAUUUGAUGUGCAACAGAAAAUUCUAACCGAGUUGCAUCUUUACAAGAUUGGUGCUGAACACUUUGGUUCUGACUUUGCAAUGGCUCAAAGGAAAACCCAUUCUCCUAUGUUUCAGGAUGUGAAAGAAAUUGGAGUGUGUUUGAGCAAGCUUCGAGGGUUGGAGUGUAGGAUGUAUACUAGGCGGAAAAAGCAAAAAACAACAAGUGUUGCUGCUACCCAAACUUCUAAAAAGCAGGCAAUGGUUGUUGGAUCUUCAUCAAGGAAGCAAAAAGCAGUCCAAGAAAAUGAUGAGGAUCUAGAUUUUGAGGAGAAUAUUGAUCUUGAAUCUGAAGAAGAAGAAAUCAUGGUCAAUUUUGAGGCAUCUGAUGGGGAAGAGGGAGAGGGAGAUGCUCCAUUACCAUAUGAUAAUAAUGAAGAUGAUUAUGUUGGGAUUGGAGAAGAUGAUUAG